CAAGUGGACGUGUAUGUAUUUCUUGUGUAUAUCAAGACUGUUUAUGGCCAAGAUGGUGAAAGAGUUUUCACCGGAAGAAGAUGAACUGUUGAUCGAAGAGGUGGCCAAUCAUCCAUCAAUAUUCGACACAUCUUCGCCAUUAUACCGCGAUAAAAACAUGAAAGACAACGCAUGGACAGAUAUUUCUGCGAAAGUUGGCCGAUCAGAUGAUGAAUGCAAGUGGCGAUGGAAAAAUAUCAGAGACACUUACAAUAAACGACAGAGAAAAGGAAAAAGUGUGACGGGAUCAUCAGCCAGUGCAAAAAACAAAUGGCAUCUGUCUGUAAUGCUGCAGUUCCUCGACCACGUCCAAUUCAAAAGAAAGAGUACGACGAACCUUGACAAAAACACGGAAGAUGAUUCCAGUGCUGACUUUCCAGAAAUACGAGAUAAUUCGUCGCAACGAGUCGACACUUUCACAGACAGAGGCUGAGAGGUCCCAUGGUGAAAUACCCAAAGUGUUGGAAUGUGAAAAAAAUAAGAGAUUUUCAAAGAACACUAUGGCUACAUACAUGGCUAAAUUUCAUGGAGAAAUGAAGGAGAGAGCUGCAGAACGCAAUGAAGUAAUUAAGAAGUUAUUAACAGCUGAGGAAGACCAUGUUGAUGUUUUUUUUCAAAAGCAUCGCUAUGUCCGUUAAGGCACUUCCAAAUGCCUUCAUAAACCAGGCAAAAUUGAAAACACUGCAAAUGUUGAGUGAACUUGAAGAAGCAUGUUCCUCAGCCCAUCAAACUACACCACAUCCGAGUACUGCAUGUGUAUCACCGUAUACAAGUUACAGUGACACUACAACUAAUAGUUCUCAUGAAUCAUUUCACUACAUCAGUUUGAAUCCAUCUUCAGUUGUGCAAAACCUUCCUGAUCCACAGCCUUCCGACUGUGAAAUGCAUGGUCUUCACAUGGAUUAAAAAUUUAUGUUAAUUGCAGAAAUUCGCUGUUUGUUUGUUAUUCUUACAGUCAGUAUAACCUUAGUGUUAAAAUAAAUUUACUUUUAGACUAUAACUUGUAAUUAAUGUUUUUACAUAUGGGUAGGGGCUGAAAAAAUUCGCGGGUUCCAUGACCUUUAAAAUAGACGACAGUUCUCUGCACACUCUAGCCAGUCAACUGUUUUAUGGUUGCUGGCUUGCCAGACAUCUAAACACUGCUGAGAAAUUCUCACUGGCACAGAGCAAUACAAACUGUGACCCAAUUGCUGGU